AUGGAGCGAUUAGUAGAGUCUGGUAUCACUGCAACCGUGUUAAACAAUGCUGUGGCUGCAUUUAUUGCAACGGUAAUCAAAGAAAUGGGUCCAAGGGCACCUAGACUAUGCCACAAUGAUUUAGAAUCAUUUGAUUAUCUUGAAGACUUAAAUAUCUUGUUUCCAAAAGGAAAGUUUAUUCACAUAGUGCAAGAUGGACGAGCCACUAUUGCUUCAGAAAUAGCUAGAAACAUCAAUUCUAAUUAUACAUCUGAAAAUAUCACAGAAGCAAUUUUAACUUGGGAUGAAUUAACAACACAAAUAUUAGAGGAUUGUGAAUACAUUGGUAGUGAAAAAUGUUUAACUAUACGUUAUGAAUGUUUAGUAUUGAAUCCACUUAGGGAAAUCCAGAAAGUCCUCCGUAUGUACAUAUUUGUAUUUUGUAAUUUUACUAAGUAUACAUAA